AUUUUGCGUAGGGGGCCCUUGAGAUAGGUGACUGGGCCCUGUGUGUAUUUUGCGUGGGCCCAUCGUGUGCCAACCUGCGUAGGGCUCAUGAGGGACAACAUUGGCCCCUGCGCGUUGCUUUUGAGGGAUAAGGGUAGGCCCUGCCCGCGCCAUCAGCAAUGCCUUGAUCGGUCAAGGCAGCUUCUGCCAGUUCUUGGCAUGCACUCCCGCAGCCCAUUUCAGGAUGCGCUGCUUUCCAAUCCCGCGUGUUUCGCGUUGCUGUCCAUUUCUACCAUAGUUUCCGUACGUGUUGGUGUUCGCGUGCUGCAUCACAAUGGCCCAGCGAUUCAAUUGAUGUUGGCUGCUGCUCCCGACCUAGGCGCCCACCAUGAACGCGUUGCUGAUCUUCAUGUUUGUAUGUGUGAUGUGUUGGCCCCCGUCCUUCCUGCAGGAAACAAAGCCAAGAUGGUUGUUCAACGUUCAUGAGCGAAGCAUGCCUUCGACCCUGCUUGGGUCAGUCAUGAAAAGGGACCCCGUUCCCUUCGUUCUGAGACCGAUUCGCAAACAUAUUGGUACACUAAGCGCAUGUUCCUCGACGCUGUCAUCUCUGGAAUAUGAUGACAAUAGCAAGCGAGGUCGCAAACAUCGGAGUCAAUCGACAAUACAGUACUCAUUGUCAAACGAACGACGGCUGAACCUGCUACUCUUGGUUCCCAUCCAGCACAUGGAGAAAUCGUUGGUCCAGUGCGCGUCUGUCACGCCAGUGUAUUACGCCGAGGCUGAGUUUUACAACGAAGGACCCUCGCCGCUGAAGUUCAGCGAGUGUGGUUUCGACCCGGAGCCCCAUGUGCUGAAAUAUUGUAUGGAAAAGCCCCAGCCCAAGUACAUGAACAGCUGAGUGAUCGUUCCCUCCAGUAUUCUGGGGUUUCUUGCGUUUUUUUCGGGUGGAAGCAGCUGUGGCCAACGUGCGUCAAGUUGAUUAUCGGCUUGCUUGCGUGGUCAAAAUUCAAUGUUGAAAUGCCUAAGAUGCGUGUUCUUGCACGCGAGUGCCUUCGAUCUUUCGUUCGAAAUAAUUCGUAAUACUGGAGCGUGCUUCUUUAUGGCUUGGGCCAUCACGCGCGUUAUGGCCCCCUGCACCCCCCCCCACCCCCCCACCCCGCAUAACG